CCUAUUAAUGUCACACUACCAAACAACUUACCAUUCGGAUUACAGCCCACCACCUUCGGAUGUUUUUGACGAUCAGGACCUAGAACCUAGACAUCAACGACAACAUGGGGGCGGUGGACGUUUUGCCGAACCCUGUAGUCAGUGCCAUCGAAUGUGCCGCUGCGUCCGACUGGGCAGAAAAGUAUCGAGCCCUGAUCAAUCGCCCCGUUCUUCCUGCAGCAGCACCAGCUCUCGGAUCCGCUCAAUACGACAGCUGGAUUACACCAAACCUGCUCCGUGCACUUCGGAAGUGCGCGUCUGCCGUUGCCAAUGUAAGUGCUGCAAUGCCCCUAAGCAGCCGCAGCAUCAGCAACAACAGCUGUCAUCGAUACUUUUAAAAAAGCCUAGAACAGAUUCGACUCAGUACUUUCACAGAUUGAGUCACCGAGAGUACCAGGAAUUCUGGAGGAAAUUCAUGUGGCUGCAAAAGACCAACACGGGAUUCGUAUCCUGAGAUUGAGUGCAACAGCUGUAUGCUGAGGAACGAAGAUCCGAUUGUACGGCAUCGACUGGACAGACCCGUUUCAAGAGCGUGUUCUUGUGACAAAAGCAAUGGAACGUGUACGAUAAACCGAUCUUCAAGUAAGCUGCGAUUCGGUGGCCAGGUGCACGAUGAGCAGAAAGCUUGAUAAACUACCCGUUCAAAAAUAAGAGUUGACCUUGUGAGAUUCCAAGCGAAACUUGUAUUUGUUCUGCUUAGAUCAUAGUCCAAUUUCCUUAUGGUGUACCAAACCGUCACAAUCUAGUAGUCAGGUUUAUUCCGCCAAAAACAACUUUCGUCAACAACAAGAACUUCAAAUUCAAACAGCAAAAUGUCAGCCUCGAACACCCCAUGGUACCAAACAACGUACAUGAAGUCCUUCACCGGAGAAAAUCCCUUCGCCUAUUGUAGGGAAAUCAGCGUAACGGCUCCAGUAGUCCCAGAAUUCCGGAAACGGUACCACGCCAACAUGCAAACUACGGGGCCGUUUAAGCAUCAAGUCUUCGUAAGCCACUGCAUUCGAGGGCCGCUGGCACCAAUGGAAUGCUGUCCCCAUACUGAAUACGGGGAUUACGUUGGUAAUCUGGGGUACCUGAGAUUGCAAAAGACGCAUCCUGAACUUCCGGAUUGUGUGUUAAAUUUGAAGAUGUAA